AUGCCGCCCGAGAUCCUUAUGAUGAUAUUCAAGGCUGGUGUGAGCAAUCAAUGUCCGGAUGAUUAUGAGGUUCCUGCCUGGGAAGAUUUGUACACGGUAGAGCAGAUGGAUCGGAAAGCUCCCAAGCAAGUCCUGGACAAACGCAUGUUCCUGGAUUCAAGCAUGUCGAAGUCUUCGCGCUGCCACACACCGCACAGCUCGCUGUGUGCCAGCGGAGCGAAAAGCCGAAGGCGCAGGCCCACCGCAGCUCUCUACGCUGUGACAUACGCGCUCGACUCGGCCUGCGCGGGCUCCACGUCGGCCAUCCACCUCGUCUGCAUGAGUCUAUUGUCAAGGGACGUCGACAUGGCCGUUGCGGGCGCCACGACCAUCUUGUCCGACCCGCAUUCCUUCAUAUUUCUGAGCAAGGCCGGCGUUUUAUCUGAAACAGGCAACUACAAGACGUACCGGGACGACGCCGACGGGUACUGCCGCGCCGACUUUAGCGGCGCCCUCGUCCUGAAGCGACUCGAGGACGCCGUCGCCCACAACGACAAGAUCCUGGCCGUCAUUACCUCGUCGGCCAGAAACCACUCUGGCAACGCGACGUCCAUCACGACGUCCGACGCCAAUGCCCAGGAACGACUCUUCAAAAAAGUCCUCCGGAACGCGCGACUGGACCCCGAUGAUGUCUCGUAUAUUGAGAUGCACGGGACGGGGACUGGGAUCCAGGUCCGAGACAAGGCAGAAAUGGGGGCGGUUUCAAAGGUCUUUUUGCCGAGACCGGAUGGGAAGCCUCUGCCAGCUGCCGGAAUGUCCUCGGUACUCAAAAGCGUUCUCAUGCUUCAAAAGGGCAUCAUCCCCCCUCAGGCCGGCAUGCCACGCGUCAUGAACCCCAACGUGCUGGAGAUUCUGGGAGACGAUAGCAGCAUUGUGAUUUCCACCAAGUCAACCGAGUUUAAAGCGGCGGAUGGCAAGCCGAAACGCAUUCUCAUUAACAAUUUCGACGCGGCGGCAAGUCCCCCCUUUCCCUCCCUCCCGUACACACGCUCCAGGGCGGCAACGCAAGCGUCCUCAUCGAAGACCAGGACGCCCUUAUCACACCUCGCCAACAUGUGUCGACUCGACGCGUGGCUCCGCGCGAACCCCAACGCCCGGAUCCAAGACGUAGCCUACUCGACGACAGCCCGGAAAGUACACCACCCCAUCAAGUUCGCGCUCGCGGCUUCGACGCUACAAGAGGCCGUUUCCAAGCUCGAGGCCGAGAUCCAGCGCGCCACCAGCUCGACCAAGAAAUCAGCACCCCCUGCCGUUGUCUUCGUCUUCACCGGCCAGGGCUCCCACUACGCGGGCAUGGGCGGCGAGCUGUACUGCACGAGCCCCGUCUUCCGCAAGACGGCCGACCUGUGCGCGGCCAUUUGCGCUUCCCACCAGUUCCCGCCCUUUCUGGACAUCAUCACCACCGACGGCGUCGACAUGUCCACUAAGAACGCCGCGCAGGUUCAGCUCGCCGUCGUCACGCUGCAGAUUGCCCUCACGGCCUUCUGGCAAUCCUCGGCAGGCAUCGAGGCCGCUAUGGUCAUAGGCCACAGUCUGGGCGAGUAUGCGGCCUUGCACGCGGCGGGUGUCCUCUCGCUGACCGACACGCUGUACCUCGUCGGCCAGCGCGCCCGCCUGCUCCUGGAGCGAUGCGAGCCCAACUCGUGCGCCAUGCUCUCGGUGUCGGCGUCGGCGGCAAUGGUGCGAGACCACCUCGCCCGGCUCAGGGACCUUUCCUGUGGGGCGGCAUGCAUCAACAGCCCCAUCGCCACCGUCAUCAGCGGGACGGCCGAGGACCUGGCACGCAUCCGAACAGACAUGACCACCCAGGACGCCAAUACGCGCACCAAGAUGCUCUCUGUGCCGUUCGCGUUCCACUCCUUCCAGAUGGGCGCCAUCCUGCCCAAAUACAAGGCCCUCGCCAGCGGCGUGACCUACCUGCCGCCCAAGAUCCCCGUGGCGUCGACGCUGCUCGCGUUCGUGGUCGAUGUGCCGGACGUCUUCGACGAGGACUGCCUGGCGCAGCAGAGCGGCAGGCGGUCGACUUCUACCGGGGCCUCAACGCCGUCAAGUCGGCGCUCAAGAACGACGACCCUGUCUGGCUCGAGAUCGGCCCCGGCACGGAUCAACCACACCAUUGACGCAAACAACAGCAACUGGGCGUCCGUUUCCAAGAUCCCCGUGGCGGCCUACACGAGCGGCGUCGACGUGGACUGGCUAGCGCUGCACGCGCCGUACGAGAGCAGCCUCGAGUUGUUGGCGCUCCCGACCUAUGCUUUCGUCCGAGCCCUUCCUUACCACGACGGCGCAGUACCUCGUCCACAAGGCCCUGACGGCCAGAUUCAAGUUACUUUCCGAGCCGGCAUUUCCGAUCAUGGCUUCAUGGGCGUGAUUGACGGCCACAGGAUACAGCAGAUCGGGCUUGCUUCGGGGACUGUCUUUUGCGACGCCGCUGCGACAGUGGCCAAGUAUGCGCUCGAGUACAGCGGCAGCAAGACGGGCGUGACAGCCUCCCACCUGACCUUCCACGACCCCAAGCUGCUCGCCCCGCUAACUCGGGAUCUUGUCGGCAUCGACGGCGACCUGCUGACCAAGGCCACCGUGGAAAGCGCGUCCGCCGACGUCGUCUUGGCCACGUUCAAGGCCACUUCCAAGAGCGGCGAAUCCUACGAUCUCGGAUCGGUGACAGUCAAGUAUCGCAGCCCCGACAAGGCCCAGGCCGACUUGGACCGCGUGUCCUUCUUCAUCAAGGCCAAGAUGGACGAGCGGGUCCGGCUUUCCAAGGAGGGCUCGGGCCACCGGAUGCAGCCCGACAUCUUCUUCGCGCUCUUCGCCAAUGCAGUCGAGUUCUCGCCCGACUUCCGCAAGGUCCAGGAGGCGUACGUGGCCGGCGACGAUAAAAAUCCGACCCGACCCGGCGGGCACGCGUUGACCUAUGCCCUCAUGGGCUACGACAGCAUCGAGCAACUGGCCCCUAUCGAGCCCGACAAGGAGUACCUGACGUACACGCGCAUCUCGCGGUGGGAAGGGACCCUGGCCUUCUGCGCCGCCUACAUCUUCGAACCGCAGAUGUCCAGGAUCGUUAUGCAGGCCGUUGACCUGCGCUACCAGCAGUUUAAAAAGACCACCUGGCGCCAUAUCCUCGGCACAAGGCCACACGCUGCUGCUGCAGGACCCCAAGAUGCGAUUUCCAAGUCGGUUUCCUUGCCUACUGCCAAGGAAACCAAGAUGAUCCAUGACAAUCUGUCUGCUGCUAUGGCCACGGUGCCGAUGAAACAACAGCGGGCGAGUAAAGCGCAGGACAACGACAAGGAAGAGGAGACUCCAAACGGGAGGAUUCCAGACAGCACGGAGAUAGCCGAUAUUGGCGUCGAUUCAAUCAUGGCCAUCGAGGUCGUUGCCGCCGUCAGGGAGAUGGGCGUCGACCUGCCCGCCGCCUUUGUCUUUGAGUAUCUCACAAUCGGCGACCUCCGUCGCGCGUUUGGCGGUGGUGGGCAGGAAGACGCGGACACCAACGAUACCAGCGCGACGCCUUCCAGCGGCGAUGAAGAUGCCCUGUUGUCUCCGACUCCAGACGACCGCUUCGCCCCCGUCUCCCCGGCGUCAAGCCUGGUCCACGUCGAGAACGAGGAGCCGUGGACUCUAGCACCGGAGCUUGUGGACAGCAACAAGUCGCCACCUCCCAGCGUCAGGAUCACACUGCUGCAGGGCCGCCCCAAGGCCGGCAACACUCCGCUGUACAUGAUGACCGACGGGACCGGUACCGUAGCGUCGUUUAUCCACCUGCGGCCCUUCAAGUCCAAGCAGGUCGUCUACGGUAUCGACUCGCCCUACCUCCGGUGCCCCUCGCGCAUGAACAGCAAAGUCGGUAUCGAGGGCGUGGCCAAGCUAGUCGUCGACGCGCUGGUCAAGGCGCACUCCACUGGUCCCUUCAUGAUCGGAGGCUACUCUGUCGGCUGCUUCGUCGCCUUCGAGAUGUCGCUCCAGCUGGCCCGCGCCGGGCGCACGGUCAAGGGCCUUCUCCUGAUUGACAUGCCCUGCCCGCGCUCGCGGGGAAUGGACCAGGGCAAGCCGCUCGCCGAGGCCGAGGUCAACGAGGCCGUCUUAGAGGGAAUCGUCAACCGGCACGGACAGUGGAUUCUUCGUCGCCAUGAACGAGUACAGGCCGGCUCAUCGGCGCCCAAGAGGCCCGCCAAGACGGCCGUCAUCUGGGCGGAGCGCGGGUUGGUCAACCGCGUGUCGGAUGACCCUGCCCGGAUGCAGAAGCUGGAGGGCCAGGGCGUGCCUACUAGGCUGUAUCCGGGGUUUAUGGAAGAUCCCAAAUUGAGUACGUUUGCGUGCCAUGUCCCGAACAAGGGCGAGGAGAGCCUGUGCCCCAAUGGGUGGGAAAGUUUCUAUGAGGAUCUAGAAAGGGAGAAGCUUGUAUCAGACAAGCAGCUUCGCGAGCUGGAGAUAUUAUUUGCCCUGGAGUGGGACGCGUUAGCAGAUGGCGAACUGGAUGCUGCAAUUGACCAUCUGAUUGAACGGGUCAGUACAAAGCUCUUCAGCAAGACUACGCUAGGCGAUGAUGAUACAGUUACAGUGAACGGGAGUGUAGAGUUACCUUGUGGUAUCUUCCAGCGACUCCGCCGAGACGAAUGGCUUGACGGUUGGACUAUUAUUGCAGCCAUGCAGAUAUCAGACAAACCAGCGUUUGUCAGGCAUAUUGAAAGCAUUCCAUUGGAUGAGUUGAUUGAACGCAGUGGACGACUAAAGGAAAUUAAACAGCCUCUGGCAGGCUUGGCAAAGAAGAUUGAGAAGUACCGCACAAACGACACCCGACAGACAGCCAGAAAGGAAUACUUUCACAAUGCACCCGUGCUUGAAGUCGACAAACAGAUCAAGCAACUUCUCGGCCAGUCCGAUGUUGACGAUAGUGAUGCUGACACCUCCGAGGAUGAGUAUUGCGAGCUCCCCAUCCCCGAGUAUGUCUUCCCUGAGCGAGCGCGACUUGUAGAGAAUUUCUACGGGCCUGAAGCGGAGUGCUUUGAAGCGGAUAAGCUACUUGCACGACGUAUCCAGGUUACCAAGGACAUGGUUGCACUCUCGCAGCUCUGCGAACCGAAUCGGCGAGGCAACCGAAUCAACUGGGAUAUAGAUGAUGACGUUGAUGAUGAUGAACAUGAAAAGUCAGAAGAGCCAUUAACUCCGGAAGAGGAAAACCUGGAUUGUCCAACGGAUGUUUGCAUUAUCUGUUGCGGUUUAUCCCGUCGUUUGGCAUCUAAUCCUCCUCCACGCAAAUUCCCUCCUAAGCGAAAAGAUUCUCUUCGUCGCCAUCUCAUCGAUUCUCAUUUCGCCCUUGCACACGACGGGAUUAGCUGCACAUGGGCAGCCUGCCAGGAUGUUCCUAAGUUCAUCGAGGUUACUAAAUUCUUGGCUCAUGCUGUUACCGUGCACUCAUAUGAUGUCCAAAUCAAACUGCAGCAUCUCACAAAAAUGCCUCAGGUAACUUGCAGUGAUUCUUCAUCCAUUGACAACUCAGAUGCUUCUCGAAAAUCAGACGAUGGCUCAGGCACCGAGACUCCCGCUUCAUCCGUUGACUUUGAGAUGGCAAAUAUCGACCCACGCUUGCUUUUGGCUGUCCAUCUGGUGACGUCUAUCUCUUUCCCCAGUAUUACAAGCAUCAUGUCCCCUCAGAUGGAGCCAAAAGAUGUUCAUGGACUCAGUGAAAACAUCGCUCUCGAAAACAACGACAGUAGGAAGCGGAAAACAAAAUCCGAGGAUGAAGAAGAGGCAGCAUGCAUUCUAGAUGAGUUGCGGUCUGGAGAGCGUGUACUCUACCUCCAAGAAGUCCCCAAAUUCAAAGCCAGUCACUGCCGUGCUUGGGACUGCAUGCCGAGGAGACGUACUCGCGAGCCGAUUAUUCGUUCCUACUAUCGAUUUGCUUUGAAAGGCGGCACUAAUCUAUAUGGCAGAGAACGUGUCCAGUACUACGAUAUCAGCUGCCUUGAGCGUAUUAUCCCCGAUUUAACCAACUUGCUCAGUAGCGGGUGUUUGAAAAUGGAUGGCUGGAUAGCAGCCCCGCCUGACAGCAAAGUCACAAUUAAGUCUUCCACCAAAGCCAUCCAAGACUGGUUUCGAUACGAGGGAUGCGCCUUCGAUAUUGACUGCUAUGAACGACUUAAAAAGGACCACGAUGAAUGGGAGAGAAAUUGGAGCACGCUCCAAAUCGAACAUCAGCUCGCGCAUACAGGAAAGCCAAGUGCGGGACAGGGGGCCCUUACAGUUAACACAUCACCAGGAUCAUGCAAUCCGGGAUCGUCGAGUUCGUCAUUGGUCAAAACCGAAGACGGUUCUCAAUACAUAGCAGCAUUAGCUGGUUCUUUCCCAAAGGAGAUAUUUCAGCCUCCCAUAAAUGAGCAAGUCGAUGAGGUCGUCUUUGGUCGUUGCUGUGAGUUCGUAUAUUCUGGUGAUUACUCCGUUCCGUUGCCGACUGCCAAUCCGUGUGGGGACGAUGGCGACCAACCCAGGGACAGCAAGGCGCUGUCUCGGGGAUCUGUCAGACGAUGGGAUCCUUUGAACCACCGAAAAAAUAUUUUCCAUCCCACGAAACUACCCGAUAUAUAUGCUUUCAUCAAGGAGAAGCUUGACAAGGCGCCCUUGGAUGAAGAUGGAGAAGUCCCGAACACCGAUCCAGCAGAUAAUUAUGCGGGCGUCUUUCUAAGCCACGCUGAAGUUUAUCAUUUCGCCUACAGAACAGACUGGGUUUCGCUUUGUGCUCUGUCGCUCUAUCGGCUUAUUCACUCGCUGGCCAGCUUUACCCUCUUUGACGAACGAACUGGAGAUAUUGUCAGACUGCUGAAGUUUGUAUUUGAGGAAAGUGAAUACAUGCAGAAUAUGCAAGACAUGUUGGUAGAUUAUGCAGCGUGGAACGUGGAAAUACUUAUGCGGGACGCUGACUUUCAACAACUACUCGACGAAUAG